GGUGAUGUGGACACGACCGGAAGCCAUCGGGCACCCGUCAAUUUACACAAAGGGAAGAAGCUGCCGCGCCCAACUGCCAUCGAUUGCCUCUCAGCGAAAUUUGAACUCUUGUUGAGCGCUUCAAAUAAGAACACUGAUUUCUUGUUUUCUCCCCCUCCCCUCCCAUUGCUUGUUGUUGUCGCCAUCGUGUAAAAUAUCUCAAUCUGCUAUUCAAGUACUUUUGUUUUCCAACUCACAUUAGACUAUUUGUCACCUUUACAGACGGUGUCUUCUUCUUUUGCUUUUGGAGGUUGGGUGCAUCCUUCCCCCCCCCCCCCGCCCGUUGCUGAAACUAAGAUGGCGUCUUAUGGCAUCGACGGUGAGGUAGAGCAGCGUUACCGCGUUCUCCGACACAUCGGCAGCGGUGCCUACGGUGUGGUGUGGUGCGCAGUGGACCGCCGAACAGGGCGUCACGUCGCGCUGAAAAAGGUGUAUGAUGCUUUUGGGAAUGUGCAGGAUGCCCAGCGCACGUAUCGAGAGGUGAUGCUGCUGCAGCGACUGCACGGCAAUCCAUCUGUUGUCGGGCUCCUCAACGUGAUUCGAGCCGCAAACGACAUUGAUCUUUAUCUCGUCUUUGAGCUUGUGGAAACCGAUCUCACUGCUAUCAUUCGCAAAAAACUGUUGCAGCGAGACCACAAGCGGUACCUCGCGUAUCAGAUGCUCAAGACGGUGGCGCAGCUGCACGCGCAAAACAUUAUCCACCGUGACUUGAAGCCGGCGAACGUUUUUGUGAGCAGCGACUGCAGCAUCAAAAUUGGUGACUUCGGCCUGGCCCGCACCUUCCGCAGCGGCUUUGACAACGAGCAGGAGUUUUUAGACCUGACCGACUACAUCGCCACUCGCUGGUACCGCUCGCCGGAGAUUUUAGUCAAGUCCAAGGCGUACUCGACGGCGAUGGACAUGUGGGCGAUGGGGUGCGUCAUUGGCGAGAUGCUCCUCGGCCACCCGCUCUUUGAAGGCCGCAGCACGUUGGACCAGCUUCGUCUCAUCGUGGAGGCCAUUGGUGUGCCGAGUGACGCUGAUGUACGCAGCCUGCGUUCACCGGAGAUUGAAAGGUUGGUCGAGUCGCUACCGAUUCCGCUGAGCUUUGCGCCGCUUGUCGAAAACAGAGACUUGAAAGACAGCGAGGCAACGGAUCUCAUGACUAAGCUGAUUGUGUUCAACCCAACGAAGCGACUUACGGCGGUUGAGGCGCUACAACAUCCCUACGUCGCACCGUUUGUGAGGCCGGGUGACUUGGAGAAGUUGCAAAACCUCGAGCCGAUAGUGCUGCCACUGGUCGAUGAACACGUUUAUGCCAACGACGAGUACAAGGCAGCGCUGUACAGCGAAGUUAGCACCAAAUAUCGUCACCACAUGACAGACCUGUAUUAA